AACAGUGGAGGAUAAGACGAUACAAAGCACAGGACAGGACUUUAGGGAGAUGAGAAGGGGGCUGGUAUCUUAUAUAAUGCAGGCAGGAUUAGGAAAUAGUUGUUUUAAUUAAUUUAUUUUAGGCCAAUCCGUAUUCAGUUACAUACGCCGACACAGUAGGUGGCGGUGUGCACUGAUCCGCCAUUUAAAACACAGAAGAAGAAUAACGAUUUGUUUGGAAAAUGGCGGGUGCUUUGAAGGAAGAACAUCUUGCACGACAUGUUUAUGCUUCAUUACAGGCUGUGUCUUGUCCCUUGGUGGAAGGUUUGUACCUGCAGGAAGCGGACAGCAUGCUGCAGCUGCUGUGUACUCCUUCUCAGCACCGCACCGACAUACUGGCAUGGAUCUGCGGCAGUAUCAACCCAAACUUUUCCAAUUCCAAGGCGAUGUCAGUAAGAGCCAAAGACCCAGAUGUUUUGACUAAAGACAUGGCUGUGCUUGGGCAGGAGCUGAUGCUGUGCAGAGCAGAUGACCUAGACCUGAUCAAGGGUGAUUCGAGUCCUCACCGGCAGCUUCACUUCCAGGAGCAGCUAUUAACUUUAGUACCUGGCUGCAAGAAGUCUGCAGGCCACAGAAUGGAUCCAGAGAUGCUCCUGAACGAGCUCUACGCUGCUGAGAACCUGCCUCACUUCACACAUAUGCUCAAACCAACACUCGACCCCUGGCCUGCACACAUCAAGGCUUUAAGCAAGGGCACCAAGUCAUCUCAUAAGCCGAGUAGAGAAGAGGCUGCUGAUGUUGCCACCCUUCUACAGCUGACGCGAUCAACACUGGAGCAGCUACAGUCAGAGUGUGAAUUCCUGAGCAAUGAGGCGCAGAGUCCUGGUGUCUUCUCUCCAAGCUCCCUGCGCGUGGCGGCGUGUGACUUCCAGCAGUUGAUGGCUACCUUCAGCCAUGUUUUCGAAACAGACUUGAGAACUUACUGCAGUAGAGAUCCCCCCAACUUCAGCACAGAGACUGUUGUCUUCCAGAGGAUACACCGAUUACUGCUGGCCUUCAUGAUGGAGUUGGAAAUGCUAAAGGAAGUAUCAGAAGCUUCUGUAUCUGUGAAUGAGGACGUGAACCAGCUAGAAACACAGCCUUGCUACCAGAGCCGAGGAGAGAGGCGCAAGUUACCUGAUCAAUUGGAGGAACUUAGGAGGCGAAUUAGAGACUUUUCUGCCCUGCUUCAUUCCUGAUGGCAUCAUGCAGUACACAUACACUGGCAAAAAAUCAAACCAUCUGGGUGAAUGUUGGUUGACUGCUGAAGUGAGCAAGGCACUUAACAUGAUGUAGCCAUUAUGGGAUCUGUUGUUGUGUUAAAAUUGUACAGGUCAAACAGAAUUGUGACCAAAUGUGAGUACAUGUAUGGUGAUGGAAACUGUUGCACAGUCACAUUUCAGCAGACCAGCUCUCAUGUUUCUGUCUGUGUCAUAGAGAACUAAUGCUGUUAGAUGAAAUCAUACAAACCAUGUUUAUUAUUCUAACUUCAGUAUAACUGAGGUGUUGGGGAGGUUUGUGUGAACAUUCACAUCAUAAUUGGCAACAACAUAUUCUUUGUAAUUAACAUGAAUUGUUCUUCAGUAUCAAGCAGAGGGGCUUCAGUGGGGUGGGUGUCUGUUUUGUUGGGGUAAUGGUGAUUCUAAAUGUUUGUUUUGUCAUCCUAACAUAUUGGAUUGUCCUCUGCAGUACUCAGUGUAAAUGUUCAUAUGGUAUUUCUGAAUAAAUUUAAAUG